UUCAUGUUCUUUCUCCUUGUCCUCUGUUUCCUAGGGAUCACUGAAGUCUCCCGUGAAGACGCGCCCUUUCCCAGAGUGACUUCUUUGCUCUCCAGGCAGCCAUGGAUCUGGAUAAACCAUCUGUCUGGGGCUCAUUGAAGCAGCGGACCAAGCCUCUGUUUAUCAACCUGAGCAAGAGGAAGGUGAAAAAGAACUCAAACAAACCACUGGACUUAAGGGCCAGGCAUCACCUGGACCGCCGUGUCAGCCUGUCUGUCCCCGACCUCCUGGAGGCCGAGGCCUUGGCCCCCGAGGGGCUGCCUUACUCCGGGCCCCAGUCAUCCUACACCUCGGUGCCCAGCAGCCUGUCCACUGCAGGGAUCCUGCCCAAAAGCAGCAGUAGCUCCUUGAAACAGUCUGAGGAUGAGUUGGAUUGGGGCCAGGAAGAAGCCGGCCACCUCCACAUGGUGGAGAUGGACUCAGAGGAGACCUACGCCUCUGUCACUGAGGACAGGAGGGCCUCCAGCAACGGCAUCUUUGAUCUGCUCCAGAAAACUCCCCUGGGAGAGAACACACAGGGAGAGCCGGAGAUGCUCUGUGGAAGUGGUGAUCUGAAUGCUUCUCUGACAUCCCAACAUUUUGAAGAGCAAUCUACUCUCAGGGAAGCCGGCGAUGGCUUGAGCAGCCUGCCCAGCACCUUCGCCUACCUCCUCACCAUCCACCUGAAGGAGGGCCGGAACCUGGUGAUCCGGGAUCGCUGCGGCACGAGUGAUCCCUAUGUGAAAUUUAAGCUGAAUGGGAAGACUCUGUACAAAAGUAAAGUCAUAUAUAAGAACUUGAACCCCGUUUGGGAUGAGAUAGUUGUAUUGCCAAUACAAAGCCUUGAUCAAAAGCUCCGUGUGAAGGUAUAUGAUCGGGAUUUAACGUCGUCUGAUUUCAUGGGCUCUUCCUUUGUCCUGCUCAGUGACCUUGAGCUUAACAGAACGACUGAGCAUAUUUUAAAACUGGAGGAUCCAAACAGUUUAGAAGAUGACAUGGGAGUCAUUGUGUUAAAUCUGAACCUAGUAGUAAAACAGGGUGAUUUCAAGAGACACCGUUGGUCCAAUCGGAAGCGGUUAAGUGCCAGCAAGUCCUCUCUGAUACGCAACCUGCGGCUCUCAGAGACCUUGAGAAAGAACCAACUCUGGAACGGGAUUAUAAGUAUAACUCUGUUGGAAGGGAGGAAUGUUUCAGGAGGAAGUAUGACAGAGAUGUUUGUCCAGUUAAAACUGGGAGACCAGAGGUAUAAAAGUAAGACACUGUGUAAGAGUGCAAAUCCGCAGUGGCGGGAACAGUUUGACUUUCACUACUUCUCUGACAGGAUGGGCAUUUUGGACAUUGAAGUGUGGGGAAAGGACAGCAAAAAACACGAGGAGCGUCUGGGCACGUGUAAAGUGGAUAUGGCAGCACUCCCACUCAAGCAAGCCAACUGCUUGGAGCUGCCGCUGGAGAGCUGCCCGGGGACUCUCCUGAUGUUGAUCACCCUUACGCCCUGUUCGGGGGUCUCGGUCUCAGACCUGUGUGUGUGCCCCUUGGCAGACCCCAGCGAGAGGAAGCAGAUUGCCCAGCGAUUUUGCUUACAGAACUCCCUCAAAGAUCUGAGAGACGUCGGCAUUUUACAAGUGAAGGUUUUAAAGGCGGUAGAUCUCUUGGCAGCAGAUUUCUCAGGGAAGAGUGAUCCCUUUUGCUUGUUGGAGUUAGGGAACGACCGACUUCAGACACAUACCAUUUACAAAAACCUCAACCCUGAGUGGAACAAAGUUUUUACAUUUCCCAUUAAAGAUAUCCAUGAUGUUUUGGAAGUGACAGUGUUUGAUGAAGAUGGAGAUAAACCCCCUGAUUUUCUUGGAAAAGUUGCCAUUCCCUUGCUGUCCAUUCGAGAUGGCCAAACAAACUGUUACGUAUUGAAGAAUAAAGAUUUAGAACAAGCUUUUAAAGGAGUUAUUUACCUGGAAAUGGACGUCAUAUAUAAUCCGGUCAAAGCGAGCCUUAGGACCUUUACUCCCAGAGAAAAGCGCUUGGUUGAAGACAGCCGAAAGCUGUCCAAAAAGAUCUUAUCAAGGGAUGUAGACCGGGUGAAAAGGAUCACCAUGGCGAUUUGGAACACGGUCCAGUUCCUUAAAAGCUGCUUCCAGUGGGAGUCCACGUUGAGAAGUGCAGUAGCAUUCGUGGUGUUUUUAGUCACCGUCUGGAACUUUGAACUGUACAUGAUCCCGCUGGCUUUACUGCUGCUCUUUGUCUACAAUUUCAUCAAUCCCACGAAAGGGAAGGUUGGCAGCAUCCAGGACAGCCAGGAGAGCACGGAUGUGGACGAGGAGGAAGAGGAGGAUGACAAGGAAUCUGAGAAAAAGGGCUUAAUUGAAAGAAUCUACAUGGUACAGGACAUUGUUUCAACUGUUCAAAACAUCUUGGAGGAAAUAGCUUCUUUUGGAGAAAGAAUUAAAAACACAUUUAACUGGACGGUCCCAUUCCUCUCAUUCCUGGCCUGUUUGAUACUGGCAGUUGCCACCAUCACUUUGUAUUUCAUUCCGCUCCGGUACAUCAUUUUAAUCUGGGGCAUAAAUAAGUUCACGAAGAAGCUUCGAAAUCCCUAUGCCAUUGACAAUAACGAGCUACUAGACUUCCUCUCCCGGGUACCGUCUGAUGUUCAAAAGGUGCAGUACGCGGAGCUGAAGCAGGGCAGCAGCCAGAGCCCCCUUCGGAAGAAGCGCAGCGCUCUCUAGGACACACGGCGCCUUGGGACCCCGGCGCCCGGUUCCACGUUUGGUUGAUCAGACCAGUGGCCUCUCGCAUCCAGUGGUGUCCGUGGUGUCAUUCUGAAAUGCCUGCUGUGGGGAACCCUCUCUGUGUCCUCCCCCUGCUUCGUGUGCCCGGAUACACUCCCAUCUGUGCCCGUCUGUACGUAGGGGUGUCCUGGUUACGUCUUGAGUCGGCCCAGCAGAGGGGAACAAUCCAGAGAAAGACUCACAUCCCUUCUCAAAUAGGAGAUAAAGCAAAGCUUCCAUGGGUCUGAACACCCUCCUUGGGAACAGCCACGAGGACACUCAGAUUUGUGUGCGACUUUGAACUUGUUUUCACACCUCCUACAGAUUCUCAUUAAGAUUCAGUUCUCUCCACUCCCUACCCCAACACUCCUUUCAGAUGACUGUUCAUGAGUCAAUUUUUUUUUCUCUGAGUUAAAAAGUCUUUGAUAGCCAUGGCAUCUACCCAAAUAAUGUAUAUUGUGAAUUGAUUUUUUUUUUUAUAUCCUGUGCCAGGAUUAGCCCCCAUCUUUGGGGAUCUUCCAGCUGUGAUGACUAAAGUCCUGGGUAUAAAACUUCAGUGAGCUGCUUGGUGCUGGAUGCCAGCCCCAGGAAGGUCCCAAGGGAUCAUUCAUCCAGAACGUGAAGGUUCCAUGACGUGUUUGGUUGCCUCAAAUCACCAUUUCUUCUGACUACCUUUUGCUUGUUCCCAAAUAAAAUCUCAGUAUCAUAGCUUGAGAGAGAGAAGGAGGGAGACAGAUGAAUGAAUUCUUCAAGUGUUUAGAAAUCAAGGCUGAGGGGCAAGGGACCCUUGUAUGUAGCUGCUUCUAUGAUUGUCAUAAUCCCUUCGUUUGCCUGCAUUUUUAAGAAAGGAAAAACACUGUAGCAGUCCAAAAUGAUCUUUUAUUCCUAAGCAAAAUAAGCUAUGCAUAAUACAAAUAUAUCUCAGAACCCCAUUCCUGAAAAGUACCACCCCGUACAUCUCAAAGUCCCCCUUUGAGUGUAUCUGAUUCCUGCGGACUCUGCCAUUUCAGUGACCAACACUCCCCGCCCCAAGUAAAACUCCCAGUUUGGGGCAUAUAUAAACUAUAUGCAGAUAUCUUUCUGUUCUAAUAAUAUUUAAGUUGUAAAGACUGUAUUUUGUUGACACAUACUUUGUAUGUGCAGUUUUAUAUAUAUAUAUAUAUAUAUAUAAAAAUAAUAUAUGUAUUGUAAAGAAAAGUUGAGGUAAAAAAAUCUGAUUUAAUAGUGAGUUGCACUAUGUUUUUUUCUUUUUCUUCCCCCCCUCUCUCUCUGGGUUGUAAUUUAAUAAUCUUCCAACAAAAUGUUUAUGAAAAAUGCCAAAGAUUCUAAACCUUA